AUGUCUCAAUCCCUGCGGCCGUACCUGCAGUGCGUCCGCAGCAGCUUGACGGCCGCCUUGACGCUAUCAAACUUCGCCUCCCAGACGGCCGAGCGGCAUAAUGUCCCCGAAAUCGAGGCCUGCACCUCGCCCGAAGUCCUCCUUGCUCCCCUGACGAUCGCGCGCAACGAAAACGAGCGCGUCCUCAUCGAGCCGAGCAUCAACUCGAUCCGCAUCAGCAUCAAGAUCAAGCAGGCAGACGAGAUUGAGCACAUUCUCGUCCACAAGUUCACCCGAUUCCUCACACAGAGAGCCGAGUCCUUCUUUAUCCUGCGGCGCAAGCCCAUCAAGGGCUACGACAUUUCCUUCUUGAUAACAAACUUCCACACAGAUGAGAUGCUCAAGCACAAGCUCGUCGACUUCAUCAUUCAGUUCAUGGAAGAUGUCGACAAGGAAAUAUCCGAGAUGAAGCUCUUCCUUAACGCAAGGGCGAGAUUUGUGGCAGAGUCCUUUUUGACACCGUUCGAUUGA